AUGUGUUUUUCGCGGUGUCUUCUCCAGUUGCGGUGUGGUUUGAAUUCCAAGCAAGUUUUAGUCCCAUCGUGAAUUGAUGUUCUCCCUUCAGCAGGUGGAUGAGUUGAGUGUUGCUGCAGUAGACGACUUCAAAGCGAGGGCCUAUGCAAAACAGAGCUCACAUGGUUCGAUGCCAUGAAUCGUGUUUUUGUUUGAAAGGAAACGGGCGCAAUUGAUCCCUCGAUGCCUAAUGAGGCGAAACGCCCUUUGAGAGUGGGCUCUUAAAGUGAUUUCCAGAGACUGACAUACGGAUUGACGAGUGAAAAGGAUAAGCUUUUCCAAGAGAAGAGGAAAACGACGGUGCAAGGAAAACGGGUGCUGGUAUGUUAAGAUAACGAGGGCUCUAGAAGAAUAUUUCGCACGAAAUACAUUGCUGAUUAGCACAGUGUUCGGUCAGGUGGAUGGUUGCGGAAGGUGCGUGAAUAAAGAAGCAAAAUUUAUGAGUUUCUACAUGGGAACUCAUCGUUCGAAUGCGUGAUUGCAGGUGACACAAAACGCCCAAAAUCGGAAGCAAGUGUGACGUGGGCAACAGUGCUGGCGAAUUCGACGUUUAAAGUGAAAACUUUGCCUUCACGUGAGUGAGUCAGUGAGAUCAAUAACAGAGUGCUCGGAUAUUCAAGAGCUGGGAAAACUUUGCGCCCCAACAAAAGGCGACCGCGACGAGAACCGGAACGACAAACACGUCGACGUUGGUGACCUGACUGUUGAAAAUGUAAAUACUCACAAAAAAAAUGGAACCGACGUCUCUCGCCGUCCGGAUCGCAAACACGAUUGGUUCAACCUCGUGGUGACACCCAAAUAUAGCCCACCAUUAUCGUUAUCACGAAGAACGAAUAAAUAUCAGUGAGAGAAAAAAAUACCAACUCGCAGUGUUUGUACAUUAUUAACGAACACCAGCACCACCAUUGCUGGAAACGGCAUUUUGAAAACACGUGAACCAAAGACAAAGACGCCAGGUAGUAAGUGAUUGUGUCACGAAGUUGACUUGAUUAUUUUUUAAUUUCGACUCCUCGGUUCCCCAUCGGCUGCUAUUGCCACUGCAUUAUUGGUUGGACGCCAAUGUGACGGCUGCAGACAGUGACAGCGGAAAAACAAAAUCAAAGCUGCUACGUGAGCCUGAAAAAUUCAUAAAGUUUCCUUACUCCAGGAAUCUACCAGGGAAACUUGAGAGGCACCUUCCUUUUUUUGCGAAAGUUUUCUUUUUUUUUUCGUCCGUUUAUUUCCAAGAUUUUUGUUUCGACUAAGUGAAAAUUGAUACUCGAGAAAAGUGCAAAAAGUAGGACGAUCCGACCCCCACGCGCUCCUUGCCUGUAUUAUUUCCUACGUGCGAAUUGGCUGAGGCAAGUUAUUCGGCAAAGUAAACAAACACGUGCACAUAAUUGAGGGAAAAGUGAUUUCGGAUUCGGUUCGUGAGGUGUUGUCCCCCUCUCAGUCUGCCGUGAAAGAAAGGAAAAUAAAGUAAUUAUAUUCGCCAACCCAACCAUUAUUGCCACCUUGUUUCUAUUAGUCUGCCAGGGCGGAAAGUUUAGUCAAACACGUUUAGGCUGCCACUCGACGCUGUUGGAGGAGGUGCGAAGAAAUUUCCCUCCGGACGCACGCUAUCGAAAUUUCGGCUAAUAAUUGUGUGAAAACAGAUGCGCGUUGGUGGGAAAACUUUUGCAGAGAGUGGAAAACAUUUCAGCACGCCCGAGGGCAAUAAUGCUAGUGAACACUAUCCCACGGCGGUAGAAAAAGGCACAGUGAGCAAACAGCACGCACGAAUUCAAAGACCGACUACUCAAAUGUCGAAUGAAUGAAACAUAAUGGAUUACCUGGGCAACUUAAAAUGGACCUCCAUAGAAGAUUGAAGGUCUUCCCGGUCGUCACCUUAACAUGGGCAUGCUUCGCUGCAAUAUGCUGUGUUAAACUGACGGAAGCUAAAAUAGGAUACUUCUGGCACAUAACGGAUUUACAUUUCGACUCGUACUACUCUACCAAAGGAGAUAUAACCCGCAGUUGUUGGCUCAACGAUCGAUCGCCCUCGAGCAACACCAAGAAGCCCGGCCAGUUCGGAGAUUACGCGUGUGACAGUCCAUGGAGUCUGCUGGAGUCCGCAUCACAUGCCAUGAAAUCCAAGCAAGGCGAUAACGUUGAAUUUGUGCUCUGGACCGGCGAUGGCCUAUCACACUCGGCCAAGCGGUUGCACGAGGCGGGCCGGUUGGAGCUUCUGCGGAACAUUACCGAUCUGCUGGGUCGCACCUUCCCGUCGCAGUUCGUCUUCCCCGUGGUAGGCCACGAUGACGGCAGCCCGAACUUUGGCCAGCUCGGUGAACUUUGGCGCCACUGGUUGCCUUCCGAGGCCCUGCAGACCUUCGAGAAAGGUGGCUACUACACAAUCGAGCAGAAGCGAAGUAAUCUGCGGAUAAUAGCUUUAAACACAAACUUCAUGCGCCAUGACCCCAAAUAUUCACAGUCGCACUCGUCGGCCGUGAAACAGCGACCGGACGGGUCGAUUCAUUAUACCGGUGGCAUCAGUGGCCACAGCUACGACCGGGAUCAUCACAUGGGCCUCGGCAAACACUACCACCGAGACUACAGCAACGCUGGUGGCCCCGGAGGAGUGAUAGUGGGGAGCCCCAACGGCUAUCCCGUGUACAGUGAUAGGAGAAAUAGUUAUAGUGGCGGCAGCAGUAGUAUAGCGGACGGUAGUAGUAGUAGCAGCAGCAGUAGCGGUGGUCACGUCAGUGCAUUAUCGGGAGCAAGCAGCCACGAGUCGGAGAAACAGUGGGCGUGGCUCGAGAACGUGCUAACGCAAUCUAGUGAACAUAAGAAAUUUGUAUAUAUUGUAGGACAUAUACCACCUGGUUCGGACGAGCGGCACAUUGGCCACAUGCCGUACGGACACACGAGUUUCACCGAGAAAAACAACCUGCGCUACCUGCGGCUGGUGAAGAAGUACUCCAGUAUCAUUCAGGGACAGUUUUUCGGUCAUCUGCACUCCGAUUCAUUCCGGGUGGUCUACAGUGAUAGCGGAAAACCAAUCUCGUGGAUGAUGAUCGCGCCCUCGAUCACACCUCGGAAGAUGUCCGAAUCAAACAACCCUGCGAUGAGGUUAUACAAAUUUGACACCGACACGGGUCAGGUUCUGGACUACACUCAGUACUAUCUGGACCUGGAGCAGGCAAACAAGCUGGGCGAAGCGGCGUGGCAGCCGGAGUACAACCUGACGACGUACUACUACGGUCUGGGGGAGGUUUCAUCUGUGGCGCUGCAUAAUCUGGCAGAUCGGUUCACCAACGCGGACGAUACACAGUUUAUGAAGUACUACCGCGCCAACUCGGUCCGCCACUCGACGCAGUCCUGCGAGGGGGUCUGCCUGCUCAAUCACUACUGUGCCAUAACGCGGCUCGAUUACCGCGAUUUUCGCAGCUGUAUGGACACGGCAGCCAAGGCGAUGGCCUCCAAUAACAACUCGGCCAGUGCGCACGGAAUCGGGAUCGUUCCGCUGAUGGCCUUACUGGCAUUGCUCAUCGGUGGCUGUUGCUAUUGUUGUUGUUGUUCUUUCUGUAGCAUCACUUCCUCGGUGGCACUAAUCCUGUGGAACGUCGGACGAUUACUGUUCAUCAACUGUGUGGCCGUUUUGAUGUGCAUCGGAGUGUCCUCCUCCCUGUCUCUCGGUUCGAGUUCGUCGCUUGCGACGAAGGCUGCUGCAUUAUCCACUCCCCUUCUCCGGAACCAGUGAGAUUAAAGUGAAUGUAAAUGUGCGUAGCUUUCAAUUUUAUUUUUAACCACACGGCAGAGUGUUUACGAGAGGGAAAACGAGCGAAAUGGCAUGAAAAAAUCGAAAUAUUUUACGUAUUCAUUAAAUUUAUUGAUUUUAAGCUGCCACAUCCGGUGUGCGCUGCUACUGCUGGUUCACAUCAUCCCCAAUAACAAAUUACAACCGGGUCCGGGUACGAAAUAACGGCACCGAAGGCGAGCUGUAUGCAAGGAAGGAAUGCUUUAGACUGGUUUAAAACACUUUUGAAGCUGGGAAAUUGUGUUUAACAAAUUUCAAUUUAACGGUUGACAAGAUUUUCAAACACGCUGCUGGAAUGUUCAAAUUUCUUAACCAUUCUGCCAGUCACGAUGAAUGUAAAAACAACGGUCCUGCGUCCUCAGAUAGUAGAGAUAAAAAAAAAAUCAUGCGAAAUAAAAGCCGCAAAGCCGGUGGACAAUGGAAAAUGCGAGCAAAUUUAUGUCAGUCGCCUUCAGCGCUGCCUGUGGAAAACGAUGGCCCGUUUGAAUAAGUGGAAAACGUGAAAAAAACCGAAUGAAGCAGGGAUUACUGCGGCCUUGUUGCUAUUAGCGAUGGUUUUCGUGCUGAUUCUCACGCGUGUCCUUCUGACACAAUCUGGACAGAUGCCGAACGGGAUUUACGGGAUUGCCUUCGGGAAGAAGUGAGGCUAUGUGAGCUUUUAGUUAUUUUUGGACACGUGAAUCAGGUCAUCAGCACCACCAUCAUCGAUGCGAACCAAAAUGCACUCAGUCAGUGAUAGUAAUUGGAUUAUCGAACCAAACGGGUGCAAUCACAAUUUUACUGCUCCGUAUCGAACGGGACAAAUUGCAAAUGAAAUAUCGUGAAUUCUACUGAUUACGCUGCUCGUAAAUUAGAUGAAUCCCGGGUUGCUCCCAAGGGGUAGUAGCCUUCCGACGAAAUUCAUCCGCUCAAAGUUACGGUUGGGAGAAUAUACAAUUUACCUUUUUCUCAAAUGAAUAGAGCCGCUUGACAACUACCGCCUUUGCAUAUGUUGCUGCUUCCGAAAAGUUUACUCCUUUUCCUUCUCGGAAGGAUGCACCCCAUUUUUGCCGACGACGACAAUAACUGGGAGCAAACGAUGAGUUUCCGCCUACCCGCAACUGGCAACUGCUGUGGGAAGUCAAGUGCUAGGGAAGAUCUUUUCAUCUGAAAAUGUUUGAAGCCCGACUGGGGAACUUUGCUACUUUUUCAUUCAGACUGAUUUUAUCUUAUUGAAUGAGGAGGUUGUGAUAAACAAUUCGGAGUACGACGUGCUUUGAGACUAAUGAUAGCUUGAUCGUUUCAAGUUCAGAACAAAUAAAACUUGGUGCAAGGUUCUCGACUGUUUGAAUGAAAAAAAUUUGAAUACGAAGUAUUGAUGUUUUUGAAUGAUGUUUUUACAAAUAAGUAUAGAUGUAGACAGUUGAUCUGACCGAGAAUUAUAAGUUUGUACUAUUGUCAUUUUAAACACAUUUUAGGUCGGGGGCCACCCCGGCGUAGUGGUUAGCAUCCAUACCUCUCACACCAAAGUCACGAUUUUAAAUCUCACCCCGGACAAGUCACGAAUGACCCAAAAGUGUUAAAGUGACUAUAAUAAUAAUUAAAUGGUGUCCGGGAUGAGAUUUGAACUCGUAAUCUUUAGCGUGAGACUACCGAGUCCAAGAAAAAAUAAAAAUGUUCUACAGGAGCCAGAAGCAAGCCAAU